UCUCGCACUGCCACCCGCAACGGCACCGCACACGGUUACCACUCCACCACGCGCGCCUGCCACCUUGAACUCUCGUCCAUCCAAACCCCUCACCUCCGGCGCCGGAAUCGGCGGCGGCGACCACGGCGAAGGGGGCGCAGGUUCCCGGUGGGCGUCUUGUAGCCGGUACAGGUGUUAGAUGUAGUUCAGCUAAGUCAAAGGAUAACCAUUUUGUGUGUUGAUUCAAAGUACACAUCUUGCGCAAAAUGUCACUACUUCUUCGCUUCAAUCUGCUGAGGAACAACACAUGUAGUAGUUGUCCUGUUAGGUUUCUCAAGCAACGUGCUGGAUUUUCAUCUGGAAAAUUGCUUGAACCUAGAAGCUAUGUGAAACGACAUUUCACAACAGGAAUGCAGACACUUGAAACAAAAAUUACAGAGGCAGCUAGUUGGCACAAAACUGACUCAGGUUCGUGUAUUCCUGCAAUUCCGCCUCUGUGGCUUCGGCAAACUUCUGAACAUGACCAAUCUGCAACUAUUCUAGUCUUCGAUAUUGAGACUACUGGUUUUCUCCAUAAGGAUAAUAGAAUUAUUGAGUUUGCACUCCGUGACCUUUCUGGAGGAAAGAAUUGUACAUUUGAGACUCUCAUUAAUCCUGAACGGAAUGUUCCCAAACGCGCUUCAGCUGUCAAUUGCAUUAGCACUGAUUUGGUCUGCAGGCCUGAUAUCCCAAGGUUCAGUGAUGUACUUCCAGUACUACUAGCAUAUGUUCGGAGUCGCCAAGCUCCUGGCAAGCCAGUUCUGUGGGUUGCUCAUAAUGCAAAACAAUUUGAUGCCCCUUUUCUUGUCCAAGAGUUUGAUCGUUGUUCAGCCCAGAUUCCCACAGAUUGGCUGUUUGUUGACAGUCUUUCUUUAGCAAGGAAAUUGGUCAAACUGAAAUCAGAUGGAAAAAAACAUCGUGUACGUGUAAACUUGGAGGCGCUGAGCAAUCACUAUGGCAUCUGUUCCAAAGGCCCUUCUCAUAGAGCAAUGCCUGAUGUGACAACAUUAUGUUACAUUCUCCAGAAAAUCACUUUUGAUUUAAAAUUGACAUAUGAAGGACUAAUGAACGAGUCCAUCAGGGCUAGCGAUGUCAGAAAGGUUUCUUGAUUACAAAUUUUCAACCUCCUGCUUUAUCUUUUUUUUUAGGGAAAACCUCCUGCUUUGUCUUAGUUAUAAACUUAUUUGACUUUUCCCUAUAGGAUAACCAUCUCCUUCACAUCGCUGAAUGUUGUUGCCUGCGGUGUAGCUUAUCAAAUUCUCAAUGAUCAUUGCUUUCUUGUUUCGAUAUAUGCUAUUUUCCAGUGAAAGGCCUAUGAUGUAAAUUGAACCGUUGAUAUAUUCCCUGCAAUCAGCAAUAUAGAACAAUAGCUGAAACAUUUGUAUUGACA